CUAAACCUUGUCCCAGACUGGCAGGCAGAUUGCAGAUCGAAGCCAAAAGAGCACCAAGAUAGCUAGGUACCCAGCUUCGCCCUGCUGUGCAUGGCAAUUAAGCUGGGUUUUGAUCGACUGCCAAAAAGGAAGCAUCGGAUCCUUCCGAAGUGGUACUUGGCGCCUUGAAGGAGGCAAAUGGCGAUGCAUUGAAGUUGGCGCUUCGUGAGUUGACGCCUUGGUUGUCACCAGGUUCUACCAGUACCGUAUAUGGCUGCAUGGCCCAUGACCGCUGAUCGUGUGCCCUGCUGCACUGCAUGGUGAUCCUCAUCACACUUCUUCCACAACAUUACGUUCCGCUGAAGUUUUAAAAGAUGAGCGGCUCGGCUGCAACAGUGGCAAAAACACUUUAUGUUCUCAAGCUAGAAAAUGGCAAGUAUUAUGUGGGAAAGACAAACAACUUAAAACGUCGGUAUGAAGAACAUUUGGCGGGACGUGGAAGUAAAUGGACUAAGCGACACCGUCCCAUUGAAAUUUUCCAUCAAGAACCGUGCAAUGGCUUUUUUGAAGACGCUUUUGUCUAUACCUACAUGAGUCGCUAUGGCAUCCAAAACGUCCGCGGAGGAACAUACUCAAAGAUCCGUCUGAGUAAAGACGAUAGAGCUAGAAUCGAGAUGCAGUUCCGUCACGCCGGGGAUCAAUGCUUUGUUUGCCGUAGUAGCAAUCAUUUUGCCAAGGCAUGCCCACAACUUGAUGUUAGACGUGGUGGAGUAGAGUAUGAACGUGAUCGACAACAUGGAACAAGGAGACGUGUUCAGUGUUCCCGCUGUGGUCGAGAUUCCCACACAGAGGAAGACUGCUUUGCAGCUACACACGUCCGUGGACAUUCUAUAGUGCCAAGUGUUGAGGAAGAAGAUGACUGCGAUUCCAGCGAUGAGUCUGAGAGUGACGACGACAGUCAUGGCUGUUCCAGAUGCGGCCGCAAUAGCCAUUCUACAGAUGAUUGCUAUGCCCGUACCAGUGUGAAUGGAGAUCCUCUGAGUGAUGACUCCAGUGAUGAAUCGGAGAGUGAUGAUGGCAGUCAUGAUGGCUGUUCAAGAUGCGGUCGCAAUAGUCAUAUUGAAGCUCAUUGCUAUGCACGUACCAGUGCAAAUGGCAGUCGUUUGAGGUAGAAGCAGCGGUAUGUGUGGCCGGACGGCUGUGCUUUGUUACACACAAGCCACCAGAGAAAUUGGUGGGUUGGUCUUUGGAAGCAUUGUUGAGAAUCCGAAAAAGUUUUGUCGAUUGACUGCUCUAUCGCUAGCUACUAGUGCCGUGGGCCUCUCCAGGACAGCGUGAUGCUACAUCCACCUCCUCUAAACCCCCGUCUGCGUUGCUGCAUCCAACAGCCUACAUGCCUAGUAGCUAGCUAGUAGCUACGGGUAAUAGUAGCUAGCUAGUUGGCCUUUUGAUCUCUCGCAGAGAUUGUUUUCGACUACACUCCCUCUAACUAGAUACGUUAAGGAGCGAGGGGGGCGAGGCUAGGCAAAGCAGUGGCUGCGGUGGUGGGUGGCUGUUGUGGUGGGCAUACGGGGAGAGCAAUGAGGACGCGAGCAGGGCAAAACAAGGGGGGCAGGGAAGGGGGGUGCAUGGAGGAAAACCAGGAAUCCCUCUAACCCAUAGUAAGCUGCCCAUUUAUGUCUCUGUGGAUCCCGGCAAAGCUAAACCCUUUGGCCCGAGUAAUGGUCCUCAAAUUCUUACCCCUGAUCCCACAGAACCUAGCUGGUCUUGAAUUUCGACUGUUCUUUGCUUUUAAAAGCCUGGCCCCGGCUGGCUUCUGUAGAUAAUUUCCUUACUCUAAACCCCCCUUUAUUAGU